GCCUGCCCGGAAUGGGGCUCUUCUAUUGGCAGGAAGUUAAGGGGCGUGGUCUGGAGCCGAGGAGCUGACACUUUCAGUGACAUUGCUUCAUCCCCGUACAGUGACAUGAGUACCGGGAUCGGACGCCUGUUUUCCUCCGGGGUUGCGAGAUGUUGUCGGGCCGGCUGGUGGCGGGGUCUGUCCUGCGGGGCUGGGGCUCGUCAGUCUCUGAGAGGAAGCCUGGUUUUACAUCAAAAUUUUCAAUGGAGGCCAUCACCAAUGUUAUCUUUCAUGGGCUCUAAAACUUCUAGAGACAAGGCAAAAGAACCAGGUUCACAAGGCAGCGGUGGGAACAACAAGAAAAAGGAUGGAAACAGAAAAGAACCAAACUGGUGGCAACGAAUACAGAAGGGUGAGUUCCCAUGGGAUGAUAAUGAUUUCCGCAGCCUUAUAAUUCUUGCAGCUGGUCUGAUCACUGGAUUUGCAGUAUUUUACUUCAGAGACUCAGGCAAGGAAAUAAGUUGGAAGGAGUUUGUCCAUCUUUACCUGGAAAGGGGGCUGGUUGAUCGCCUAGAAAUUGUCAAUAAACAACAUGUAAGAGUGAUCCCGGGACAUGGAGCCUCUGCUGAGGCACAAGCUUGGUUUAAUAUUGGCAGCGUGGAUAGCUUUGAGCGCAACCUGGAGAUGGCACAGCAAGAUCUGGGGAUCGAACCAGCUGAUCGUAUCACUGUUGUAUAUAACACUGAGAGUGAUGGAUCUUUUCUCAUGAGCCUCAUCCCCUCACUGCUCAUAAUAGGAUACCUAUUUUAUAGCUUGCGGAGAGGUAUUAUGGGGUCUGUUCGAGGAGGUAAAAGCAGUGGAAUUUUUGGCAUCGGGGAGACAACAGCCAAGAUGAUGAAAGGAAACAUUAAUGUCAAGUUUCGUGAUGUGGCUGGGUGUGAGGAGGCAAAAUUGGAGAUAAUGGAGUUUGUAAAUUUCCUGAAAAACCCAAAACAAUAUCAGGAUUUGGGGGCAAAGAUACCUAGAGGGGCUAUGCUCACUGGACCCCCAGGUACCGGCAAGACCUUACUUGCAAAGGCAACUGCAGGAGAGGCCAAUGUACCGUUUAUAACUGUGAAUGGAUCAGAAUUCCUGGAAAUGUUUGUAGGGGUUGGCCCAGCCAGGGUACGGGACAUGUUUUCACUGGCUCGUAAGAAUGCUCCAUGUAUUCUCUUUAUCGAUGAGAUUGAUGCCGUUGGUAGGAAACGAGGACAAGGAACCUUUGGAGGGAACAGUGAGCAAGAAAAUACCUUAAACCAGCUGCUAGUAGAAAUGGAUGGUUUUAGCUCUGAUACAAAUGUGGUAGUCUUGGCAGGCACCAAUCGCGCAGAUAUUUUGGAUCCGGCUUUAAUGAGACCGGGACGAUUUGAUCGGCAAAUCUUCAUUGGCCCCCCUGAUAUAAAAGGAAGAGCCUCUAUCUUUAAGGUCCACCUACGUCCUUUGAAGUUGCCUGCAACACUCAACAAGGAUGACUUGUCUCGGAAGUUGGCUGCUUUGACUCCAGGCUUUACUGGCGCUGAUAUUGCCAACGUCUGCAACGAGGCAGCUCUGAUUGCCGCAAGACACCUGAAUGAGUAUGUGGUGGAGAAGCAUUUUGAGAAGGCCAUUGAGCGUGUCAUUGGAGGACUGGAGAAGAAGACUCAGGUCCUUCAGCCAGAUGAGAAGCGGACUGUGGCAUACCAUGAGGCUGGACAUGCAGUGGUUGGCUGGUUCCUGGAACAUGCAGACCCUCUUCUUAAGGUGUCGAUUAUUCCUCGAGGGAAAGGCUUAGGUUAUGCACAAUACCUCCCUAAGGAACAGUAUCUAUACACCAAGGAGCAGUUAUUUGACCGCAUGUGCAUGAUGCUGGGGGGACGUGUAGCUGAACAGAUAUUCUUUGGUCGCAUCACAACUGGGGCACAGGAUGACCUGAAGAAGGUUACACAGACUGCAUAUGCACAGAUUGUGACAUUUGGAAUGAGCAAAAAGUUGGGUCAAGUGUCAUUUAGCCUUGGACGGCAAGGAGAAAUGAUUUCAAAUAGGCCCUAUAGUGAGGCAACUGCGGAACUUAUCGACCAGGAGGCCAGGGACCUCAUCAGCUCUGCUUAUGAUAGAACCGUGGAGCUGAUCACUCAGUGCAGGGAGCAGGUGGAAAAGGUUGGGAAGCAGUUGCUGGAAAAGGAAGUCUUGGAGAAAUCGGACAUGAUCAAUCUUUUAGGCCCUAGGCCUUUUCCAGAGAAGUCCUCCUAUGAAGAGUUUGUAGAAGGGACAGGUAGCUUUGAAGAGGACACAUCUUUACCUGAAGGAUUAAAAGAUUGGAAUCAAGAGAAGACUGAAGACAGUGACACAACAAAGCAGUAGACUGGCACUUACCUCAUUCUCUGAUGUGGAUCUAUGAGUACAUUACUCGGCUAUUAAGGCACAAUCUCAGGGAAGGCAUCCAGGAAAACAGUGGGCCAAUUUUUUAUUUAUUUUUUGUUAUAAAACUAUGUAGGGCCAUACCAUCAGUGCCUUGGCAACAGUCAUAUCCCUCAUUCAGGAAGUAUGGAGUCUGAUAUUGGUCUGUGGUGUCACUGUAAACUGUGCUGUAAACAAGUGCAUAUACACUACAGUUCCACUCUGCAGGUGGCGCUGCAAGUGUAUGUACCCAUGAACUGACUGCAACUGUUUCAGUUAGAUAAUGGAUCAAGUCCGUGUUGGUGCGCUGAUGUUAUACACAGGUUUUGAUGUAGUUGGAAUGUACAUGCACCAAAUUUAUUAAAUGGUGCAGGAUAUUUAAUAAAUAUGGUGCUAGUACCAAUUUUUUGGAAAUUUCACCUCAAAACACCACUUUGUAUUCCUUCUCUGCGACUUUUCUCAGACUUUUUCACCCGUUGUAGUUUUUGUGCGACUUCUUUUUUAAAUGCGGUCUACAGACAGUUUUGCUAGCCAGGUAUUGGCUGGUGUAUGUUUCUGGUAAGUGAGGGCUAUGCAACAAUUCUGCAAAUUUUUUUUUUUUUUAUGUGUAAAUCCCUUUUAGUCAGCCUUUUAGUGCUGCUUUAUGGAAGUAUAAAUGACUAAUAUCAGUUACAAGGGGAUUUCCAUGAUGCAAGAAACAGGAUAGUUUUCCUAUGCUAAUAUAAUAUUUCACAAACUAGAAAAGGAAGGAUGAGGUAGAUGUAUCUAUUAUCAAGAACCUAUGAGUUAAUAGUUUAAUGAUCAUCAUAAUUGUAAUUAGGCCAUAACACAUUACCUAUACAGUGGUCCCUCAAGUUACAAUAUUAAUCGGUUCCAGGACGACCAUUGUAUGUUGAGACCAUAACUCUAUGGAAACCUGGUAAUUGGUCCUGAAGCCACCAAAAUGUCAUCCAAAAAAAGGAAAAAGUGAAGAUUAAAGCAAAAAUAAGUAGAUAACUAAUGUAGAUAAAGCAAAUCCUUACAUAUAAAAGUAAGAAAGAUCUGCUGGGAGCUGUAAAUCACUGUCUAUGUCAGUGUUUCCCAUCCAGGGUGCCUCCAGCUGUUGCAAAACUACAACUCCCAGCAAGCCCGGACAGCCUUUGGCUGUCCGGGCAUGCUGGGAGUUGUAGUUUUGCAACAGCUGGACGACCCCUAGUUGGGAAACGCUGGUCUAUGUGGAGGACAGGAGCUUCUUCAGGGUCUUGUAUAGUACAAAUUGUCCUAAAAAAGUAACAUGGAGUCGCCCUCACCUGGUGUCCAAAGGAGCAGCUAUCCCUGGUGCAGGUAAAGAGUACAGAACAUGUAAUACCUCCCUGUACUGUAGGGGGCGCGACCAGACACAGGCAGUGCAUACACUUCAGUAAUACAGGAGUUUUACCAGUAAAAUGUCCAUUCUGAUUGGUCAGUUCUUCCAGCCAUUGACAUGUUUCACAGAACUGGACUGUCUGUACAUUGUAUGUUGAGUCUGGUUUCAAGUUACAAUGGUCCAGAAAAGACCAUAAUAUGUGGAAACUAUUGUUUGUUGAGGCUAGAGAUGAGCGAUCUUACAGUAAAUUCGAUUUGUCACGAACUUCUCGGCUCGGCAGUUGGUGGCUUU